UGCGUUGACGUAGCUUCGGACCUACAAUUUAAAGGAUGCCUCGAGUGCUUCUCUAAAUUAGACGCAUGAUAUUUUCUCUUCUAUCCCCAACAUUCCAACACUAAAUCGAUUAUAUGACCGAUAAUUAUUUAUUACUUCCCAUUGCAGUGCCAUCAUCUCUAAUUAGAGACCUUUGACGUCUAAAAUGGGUAGAUAUGUAGUCGGAUCUCCCGAGGAGAAAGUCAAGCGGGCUAAGUUCGAGUUCCGUGGAUCCUGUGCGAAAGCACCAAAUGAGGAGAACAUUAAGUUGCUACUCGGCGAAGAAUGGUGCAGCAAUGACAUCAAUAUUACACUCUUGUCAAAUGAUUCUCAUGCUUAUAACUAUCUAAUUACGAAGCCCAAGGAGAACAAACUUACCAAGACUAUCAUACGAGUGAUGCUACCGGUCGACCCCUAUUUCAAGACGCAAGCCGAGGUCUCUACUAUCGAAUGGAUCCGACAGUAUACGUCGCUACCAGUUCCCAGGGUCUUGAUAUUCGAUCCAACUGGUACUACCCAGAUUGGGCUCGAAUGGGUUGUCCUAGAAUGCUUCCAAGGUCAAGUACUUCCUGUCGCGGCCGAGGCAGGCGAAGUCAAUUGGGCUAUGGUAAGCAACGAGAAGAAGCGGUCAUUGAUACGACAGUUUGUGUCCUUCUACUCCGCGACAUUCGACCACCAAUUAUCCGCAAUAGGUAAUCUAUAUAUGGGCCGUGCGACCGGAGUCCAAGAAGAAGAUGAUAAAAUCGGUGUCAUCGUCUCACCAGAGUUCUAUAUGAAAGAGAACCAGAAAUAUGACCACGGCCGUGGGCCAUUUCGAAACAGUGCCGAAUGGCUCAAAAUACGCCUGGACAUGAAGUACAAAGACUGCCUGGCCAUCCCGAAUGCAAACGCCGUUCUUAGGGCUGGACACAUUAUCGACCGCUUGAAGAGAUUGAGAGAGAGGCUCUUUGAUUCCACACUCUUCGAGCCCACCGUGCUCACGAACUGUGACAUAGGCCCGACCAAUAUCAUGAUGAAUCACAAUAGACUAGUCGGGGUAGUGGAUUGGGAGCAUACAUCUGCUCUUCCACUGUGGAAAGGGUGCGAACUUCCCAAGUUUCUGCAAGGAAUAAAACGUACCAGAGAACCUGACGAGAGAGAAUAUCUGGAUGAAGAGGGCGAAUGGUUGGCUGGGGCCAGAGACGACUUCGCCAAGCAUAUGCUACAAUGGUCGCGAACAAUGCUUCAAAAGAUGUUCCUUGACGAGAUGUCCCGGAAGUGUCCCCAGUGGACGGCCAUUUAUAAUUCUCCAAUUACUCGUCUAAGGAAGGACUACGAUGUCGCGGUGAGCUCCUGCGACAACGUAGCUACUCAAGCUGCAAUCGAGAAGUGGCUCUACACUAUAGAGUCAGGCUUGGAAAACAUUCGGCUUCAGGACCCGGGAAAGGCUCGUGCAGAUAUCUCGAGCCUGGGCUUCACCAUUCGCAGCCUUCAGGAUCGUAUCUACGAUAGCGCAAACGUAUCCGACACAGCAAGACACCCCGCCACAGGGCCAGAAUCACAUAUAUGGAAUCUAUCUUGAUAGGGGAAGGAAACUGUUUACAGACCAGGCCCCUGACUAGUACUGCCUGAACUAACAUCUUUACAGUAUCCUCAGAGGCUAGCUCGCGGUAUUAUUGCUCGGAGGGAUCGAGUUGCAUGCUUUCUUUGGGAGGAUCCAGGACUAAGGUUCGAGAGAAGAGCUUGCUUUCCUGGAUCUUGGAUCUGGCAAUUUACAGAGGAGCACGGAUCCGACCCGAGUGCUGCAUGUCUGCAAUAUCGAGUGGCAAUGCUGGUAAUCGUCAUGACUCUAGACUCCCGGAGCUGAAGUCUAGACUUGAGCUCGCCCACGUCGCCUGACCUUGCCA